UUUGAAAUAAAAGCAUCAGUUCUUUACAAUAAUGAUUUUAUCAGAUCUUACGAAUCUUAUAGUCGGAAUGUAUCAUUAAUUAGAAAUAAACGAGAUCUAGAUGAAUGUAGUUACAAUGAAUAUGAAUGUAAGGACGGGUCAUGUGUUAGAGCUAAUAGCGAUUGCGAUGGUGUCUACGACUGUGUUGACGGCAGUGAUGAGUCCUUCUCAAUUUGUAGGAAUAGAAAAUGCCGUGCCAAUCAGUUUCGCUGCAACUACGGCGCUUGUAUAGAUAGAUACAAUGAUGUUUGUAACAAAAGAGUUGACUGCGUUGAUGGUUCUGAUGAAUUAACUGAGAAAUGUACUGGAAUUAAAUUAACAGACGGUGAUAACUUUAUAUGUCGUAACGGACAGUUAAUACCAAAGAAGGGGCGUUGCGAUGGUGUCAAUGAUUGUGCGGAUGGCACAGACGAGAAUAUAGCCGCCUGUGUCAAUAUUACUUGUGAUGUAGGACAGUUUGUGUGUGAAUACGGUGGAUGUGUGGAUGGCAAGUCUCUAUGUAAUGGUGUAAGUGUAUACAAUCAGCUUAUUAACAUCACCUACCUGCAGCCAUAAGAGCCUACGCUAAGUUAACUAGGUCAUAGUCAAUGCUGAUCCAGUGAUUUCACACAUAUCUUUGAUAUUUCUUCGCAGAUAUUAUGCAUUAAGGGAACAUAUCCAUACUACGUGACUAAUUUUUUUAGUUUUUUCGACCUCUCCCUCCCCUCGGUGACCACUCGUAAUAUAUUCUAAGACUCCUCCCUCUUUAGUAGAAAAGAAAUAAUUUGGCUCAUACUCUUCUUUAUAGCAUAAGACUGCAUG